UUUUAUUUCUUUUUUACCCUUUUAACCAAUGGUGUGGCAAUGAUCAAAGGAAAGUAAUUGCCCUAAACACAGUGAAAGGAAGGAGCCCUCAAUUCAUUCAAAUUCACUAGAACAAAAAUGGAUAAAGACGGAGAUGGCAAGCAAAAUACCGCUGACAUGACACAGUUUGUUCAAACUCUUCUCCAGCAGAUGCAAAACAGAUUCCAAACAAUGUCAGACUCUAUUGUUUCAAAGAUCGACGAGAUGGGAGAACGAAUUAGCGAGUUAGAGCAAAGCAUUAACGAUCUUAGAGCCGAAAUGGGAGCCGAGGGCACUCCACCUCCUGCAGCACCAAAGAGCGCUGAUGGUGAAUGAGAUCGGGUUUUGGUGUAACUUUUGUUUCCCUUAUUGCAUACCGCGUUUACAAAUUUAAAACAGAGAUAAUCGUCUAUUUAUUUUUCCCCGUAUGUUCCUAGUCAGCAGUCUCUUGCUGGAUAUUCGUGUUAUGUUGCCGUUUUAGAUUGUUUGAACUUUGAACAUGAAGGUAUCAUGAUACAUAAUGUUGUUUUGAUUGUCCA